AUGGAUAAAUCUUUAUUAACUCUUGGAUUAUCAGCAAUUUAUAAUCAUUUGGUUAUUUAUGAAAGUGAAAAGCAAAAUUAUUUGGGGUAUAGUUUUAUUGCUUUAGAGGUUGAAUCUUUUCACAAACGUUUUUUGCAACAUGAACAGUCAACAAAUACAGAUUUUAACUAUAUUAAUCAAGUAGAAAUUAGAACAACAAAUAUCAUAAUAAAGCCAUUAAAUGGAGAAUCAUUUUGGCUUCAAGUUAAAGAAUCUGAAUUGGUAAAAAAUAUAAAGGGAAAAAUUCGUUAUAAAAUUGAUUUACCUGUAAGAUUUCAAACAUUAUAUUAUUGUGGGAAAAAACUAGAAGAUGAUCAUCUAAUUUCAGAUUAUAACAUUACCUAUGGAUCAACUAUUCAUAUGGAAAUUGGUUUAAAAGGAGGUGGAGGUGGUACCAGUUUUAUUUAUUUCAUUAAUGAUAGUUUUAUUUCGCCAUCAUUUGAUUAUGAUUUUACAAACAUCAAAGAUUCAAUUGUUCAUAGUCGUGGUAGUGAAGUAUAUACUCGCCCAUGUGGUUGGAUGAGAUUUGCAUUAAAUAUAAAUAAAUAUAACACAGAAACUGAUGGAAAAACUUGGCUAGGAUUUUGUAAUGGUCCAAACGAAUGGUUGGUUUCAUACCAUGGUACAAAAGAGGAAUCUUGUAAUCCAAUUGCUAUGGAAGGUUAUAAACUAUCAAGUUGUUCCGGAUUUGCAUUUGGGGUUGGUAUAUACUCAACACCAUCAAUUGACAUUGCAAAAACAUAUGGAAGAACUUUUAAAAAAGAUAAUUGUCAUUAUGUAAUAGUAUUUCAAAAUAGAGUCAAUCCAAAGACUGUAAUAAAAAUAGACAAUAUUCAAUAUUGGAUAUCUCCAAAUGACGCAGAUAUUAGACCAUAUGGUGUUUGCAUUAAGAAAGUAUAG